GAAAAUAAACAGCAAGGGAAAACUUUGGCGCCUGCUAACCUAAUACUUUUCUUGAUUAUGUUACUUUAGUGAUUUGUUCUCUUGGUUGGAAGACUGCUUCAGAGACAAUAACAGGAUGGCAUGUGGAAGUGGAUGCUUCUUUUGUAUGAAGCCUCCUGAAAGAGGAAUGGACCUAGAUUCAGCCCUGAAUGAACUAGGCAUGCUCAGUUCCGUCACAAAUAGUCGCAAGGAAUUCAUGAAAGAGAGAAAGAGAUCAACGAGCGAAUCAACACCCUCAAGGCCUUUCAAUGAACCAGUGUCAAGACCCUUUAAUGAACCAGUCCCAUUUAAUGAACCAGUUUCAAACUUCCAUGGAAAGGGGUUUCACAUUCUUCAAGUUGAUCCAAACUAUGUGACUGGGUUUUCUGCUGAUUUUCCAGUUGUGAAUUUGAAUGUGUCAAAAUCAGACAUUGACUUGUCAAUUGAUGCCUCAAAGAUUCCUUCCACAUCUGAAACAAGUCCGAUAUUAGACCCCAAACUGAGGGAUUGUUUCUGCUUUAAGGGUUCUGGCCGUCAUCCUGAUGUCACACCAAAACAAAUGAUAUCAAAACGUUCCUCAUUGAGGAAAGGCAGGUACAAGAGGUACCUGAAACCUUACGAAGUUCCUUGGAGACUCCAUAACUCGCUGCCAGAAGCGGAAUUGCAUCAUCAGGAACAUUCCAAAUCUAAUGAAUCCUCACCUGUCAAAGCUUUAAGUGGUGGGCCAUUAACUAGGUCAAGGUCAUUGAAUAACCUUGAAUCUGCUAGGGCAAGGUUAGCGGACAUCUUUGAGGAACCUAAUCCUCACCAGUCAGCUGAUAGGCAAGAAAUUGAAAAAGUCUCUCAGCAAAUUGAGAAUUUACAUUUUGUUGAAAAAACAUAACACUUGUGUAUUUUCUAGUCUUGUUAAUUAAAUUAUUAAUUAUGAGAAAAGAAAAUUUCACUAAUUAAUUCUAAAAAGGUUGUAUUCCUUUGAAUAUGAUUGUUAUUGUUCAAUCUUGCUUACAGUAAUAAUUCACAAACUUAAACUUGUAAUAUUAUAAUUUAUCAGAUAACUGACCCAGGCCACCUAUGAUGACCAUUUGUUUAGCACCCUUUGUAGAAUGUUUACUGACACGGCAUAUUUGUUGUUUGUACUGCAGUGUUUUUUUCCAUUUUUUUUUAAUCAUUUACUGGGUCAAAAUUCGGUCCCAUUCCCAAAGUUGGAAUGAUGUGUUUCCUGUCAAAUACCUUCUCUUCAAUUCCAAAUUUGAAAAUAAGAAAGAAUUAAUGAAAAUUAUUCUUCAGAAAUGUCAUAAACUUGAUAGUGAUGAGAUUUUUCUAUUUACUUAUGUAGAGUGACAAAUCUCAGUCACUUGAUGAUCUACCUCUUGUUGUACUUAGAUUUACUUUCAUAUUUUCCAAUUUUUUCCAACAUAGCAUUAAUUUCCCAAUAUUUAAGAUCUUGACCCCAUUACCCAAACAUUAAAAAUCCACUAUUGUAGCUUAAAACAUAUCACAGGUGAUACAAAAUUGUAAAAGAAAUUAUAGCACGAAAAUUUACUGUUCUGUAAUUUAAAACAUAUCACAUGUGCAGGGUAUAUAAAAAAAAUAUGACAUUAAAAUCCUUUCUGAUGUAAUUUAAAAUAUCACUGGAGAUAUAGGAAAUUACAACAUGUACAUGUUUACAAUGAGCUACAAGGGCAUUAAUGAUAAAUUCUUAAAGGUUUAUGAUUAACUUCAAGAAAACAUUACUUCUUUACAGUAAAGCAGGAGUAUCUAAUCAACUCUGGAACACCAGACCUUAUUCCUCUACAAUGAUUCUCUACAACAUAUAAAGACCUCCAGGGAACAUCAGAUACAAGUUCUGACAUCUACAUAUGAUAGAGCAGGGUUACUUUUAUAGCAAAUUCCAUAAAGGAAAUGUUUUCUUCAUUGUUAUAUCCAAAGUUAGUUAUAGGAUUUCAAAAUAAAUAACGUUGCACCAAAUUUGAGAAUUUUAACUUUUCUUGUAUUAAUAUAUAUAAGAAGAUAAUAAUAUCAAGCCAAUAUAUGUCUUAGGAAAGUUUUUUUUUGUAUUUGUAGUUCCAGAAAUUGGUUCUCUGCAUUGUAGUGUUGGGCAGAUUAUAAGAUACUAAUUGAAAUUUAAGUAAGGAAUGAAAUGAAACCAACUAGGUAAUUAAUGCCAAAAUUAAAAGUUAUGUACAUGUUUACCAACUAAAACUACAGUAUAUUGCCAAUAAUGUACAUGUUGUUUACCAAUGAACACUACAGUAUAUUGUCAAUAAUGUACAUAUUGUUCACCAACUAAAAUUACAGUACAUGUAUAUUCCAUCAGUAAGUACAUGUUGUUUACCAAUGAAGACUACAGUAUAUUGUCAGUAAUGUACAUGUUGUUCACCAAUGAAGACUACAGUAUAUUGUCAAUAAUGUACAUAUUGUUUACUAACUAAAACUACAGUAUAUUGUCAGUAAUGUACAUGUUGUUUACCAAUGAAGACUACAGUAUAUUGUCAGUAAUAUACAUGUUGUUUACCAAUGAAGACUACAGUAUAUUGUCAGUAAUGUACACAUUGUUUACAAAUGAAGACUACAGUAUAUUGUCAGUAAUGUACAUGUUGUUUACCAAUGAAGACUACAGUAUAUUGUCAGUAAUGUACAUGUUGUUUACCAAUGAAGACUACAGUAUAUUGUCAGUAAUGUACAUGUUGUUUACCAA